AUGCGAUGUACUCCACCCGUCACACGCAAUCGAGGAAGCCAACAAGGCUCACCUUCUCAACGAGGAUCACCGUCUAUUCGUGGGUCAUCAUCUCGUGGAUCUCGUGGCCGAGUCAACACUCGACCUGGUGCGGAAUCAGCACCACCAGGAAUACCAACUAAUCAGCAAGGUGAACGUUCACCUACACUCUCGGUUGGCAAUCAAAACAAUCCAGUCGGCAAUCUACACAAUCAAAGCCCACCUUUUGCUGACAAUGAUCAGACCAUGAGACAAGACCCAGAAAAUCUGUUCUCCUCAACACCUGUUGAUCAUAGACAACCUCCUCCUCAUCCUCACUUGACUCGGACCCUUCACCCGCAGCCAACGAUGGCAAAAUUGGAUAGUGAUGGAACCAAUUUCCAUACUUGGUUAGAGGAAGCAAAUGCCAAUAUUUAUUUUUUGAUUGGGAAGGCGGACUACCUUAACACUCCUUCAAACCCUUCAAAUCUACUUCAUCCUGACAUUGAUCACGCUGAAAACACCAUAGCGUAUCGUGUAGUUUAUUACUCUGUAACGACAGAUCUACGAACGGUAAUACGCCGUGAACAGCAAUCGUUCCUUGCUCACGACGCAUAUCUCAUCCUGUCAAAUCAAUUCAACAAGGCGGGAAGAUCUUCUCAGCUAGCUACCUGGCAAUCCAUGAUGAGUUCUCAAAUGGACAUCUUCAAGACGUCACUCUCUCAGCAUCUAGAAUCUUUAGAUCGUUUGGCCGACGCCCUGGAUCGUGAUGGCUUUGUAUGGACACGAGACUCGGUUAUGAGUUUGGUUUAUCAAGCUUCAAUGCCUGAUAAACCUGAGCUCAAUUUUGAUGCGGCCAACGCAACUCUUGACUUACGCUGGUCCUACGACAAACGUCCAUACAGCAGCACGGAGAUCCGAGCCGCUUUACAAACCACUCUUCUCAAUCUUAAACUCAGGUUCAGUCUCACCUCUGAAUCUUCGAUUGAGCCCUGUGCAUCGGAAGAGGGGCUUAUGUUAAGUCUCCAACCGGCUCGGAGUCGGCUCGGCGGGGGAAAAGUUUGGUUGUUGACGGUAAUGUCUGUUGCUUGCAUGGUUACAAUUUCUAGUCGGAGAGUCACCUGA